AAGGUCACUGUGGCAAAGCCCAGGAUAGUAUUUUCCCUCAGAAAAUGGCUUUUUCAAAAGUUACCUGGCAUUGGAGCGUUAUGAGCACCUUUUGUCAUACCUUAUAGUCACGGUUUUCAUGAUGGCCCAACCGCUUCGCUUGAAGAACAAAGGAAAUUCAGCAGAAGGUGUAAUUCAUAGCAGGAAGUCGUGGUUGACAGCUGCAGUUGGUGAAGGAAAUGCCGGCCCCCAUUCUGAUGUGAUUCAGGAGAAGCCAAAGAGGCAAUAUUCUUCUGAGAAUGUUUUUUCUAUUGGCUAUGAUGAGAGUCUCUUCAGUUCUUUAGCAUUACCUUCACCAAAGAUGACCUGCCAUCACUGUGGUCUAUUUGGAUCCUUGAGGUGUUCACAAUGUAAGCAGAUAUACUACUGCUCUGCAGACUGCCAGAAGAAAGAUUGGCGAACGCAUGGUGUGGUGUGCAAGCCAAUUAAACAGGACUUAAGCAGUAACAAUGGAGACAAGGCACCUGCUAAAGCCAAGAGAAAAGUUUAUCUUAAGGGUAAUUCAGCAUCUGUGGAUUCCCUCAAGAUACAAGAGCACAUCAAGAAAAUAAUGCUUUCAGAUCUUCAAACUGUAGGGUUGAAAAAAGCUAUGGAAAUAAAGGGUAUAGUAACAGAGUUCAGGAAUCCAAGUGAAUUUUAUAUCCAGAUAAGUUCUCCAGAAUUUUUAGAACAUAUCAAUAGAAUUUCUGUGGAACUGCAAGACUGUUACGCUAAUACCGUUAUUCAAGAGGAGUAUAUCCCUAUCAAAGGGGAAGUCUGUGUUGCAAAAUAUUCUUUGGAUCAGACCUGGAAUAGAGCAUUGGUAAAAGAUGUGGAUAUAGUGCAGAAGAAAGCCCAAAUAUUCUAUAUUGAUUAUGGAAAUGAAGAAAAUAUUUCAUUCUCCAGGAUUAAAGCACUUCACAAAAACAUUGAGCUCUUUCCUCCAUGUGUCAUUAAGUGUUCCCUUGCUAAUUAUGAUCCAACACAAGACGGAUGGAGUGAUGACAUUGCCAGCUCUUCCCCUCAGUUCAUGGGAAAGCACUGUUCAGUAACUGUUGUUGACAUAUUACAGGAAGAAAUGAUGCUCAGUUUUGCUGUAGAUGUUACUCUUCCAGAUUCUGGAAAAUGUCUGGAUGAAGUACUGUCAGAAGUGAGGUCUGACUUAUCCUCCAAGAACAAUGCCAUGGGAACAGAUUCUCCAAGAGAAAAUCAUUCUAAAGGAAAUAGAGAAAAAAUGCCUGAAGAUAAAGAACUAGUUCUCAACACUGAUGCUGUUGCAAAGUGUGUUUCUGUCUGUAUUGGAGAUGUGUUUUCUGGGGUGGUUUCCCACAUUCAAACCCCAGAAAAUUUUUUCUGCCAACAGAUGCAAAGUGGGCAUCGUCUUGCUGAGCUUCAGGUGUCUCUUGGUGAAUAUUGUGAAAAAGUUCCCAGUAGCCCCAAUUUCCGUCCUGCUGUUGGAAAUGUGUGCUGUGCCCAGUUCUCAGACAGCCUUUGGUACCGUGCUGCUGUUUUAGCAUAUACUUCUGAAGAUACUGUUCUGGUGGGCUAUAUAGAUUAUGGUAAUUUUGAAGUUCUUCACCUGACUAAACUUCGUCCCAUGAUUCAGAGAUUAAUGGACUUUCCUGUUCAAGUUAUAAGAUGUACUUUGGCAGGUGUAAAACCAUUGAUGGGAACCUGGACCGUGGAAGCUAUUUCUGUCAUGAAACAACUGGUGCAAGACAAAGUGCUUACAGUAAAAGUAGUUGAUAAAAAGGGUAAUAGCUCUGUGGUUGAGCUCCUAGAUGCAUCAGUUACUCCAGGAAAAAAUAUAUCAAGCUACCUCAUAGAAAAAGGCUGUGCAGCUGAGGAAUCAAAGAUGAACUUGCCGGCAAUUAAAAUGACUAAUGUUAAGGAGGAGGGAAGUGAAGAUACAGCAAACAAAAAUAUUUGGAUGUGGAGUAAGUUAUGUCCUAAGCAAACAGUAGAUGUCAUAGUGUGCACCCUGUACAACCCUGGCGAAUUCUACUGUCAGAUUUCAAAUGAUAGUGAGUUACUUGCUCUAAACUCACUUAACAAAUCAUUGUCUGAAUACUGUCAAAAAACUCCACCAAGUGUUUUUAAACCUAAGAAUGGAGAACCUUGCUGUGCUUUUUUUUCUGCUGAUGGUAACUGGUACCGUGCUUUGGUGCAAAACGUCACUUCAGAUGGAGCUGUUAAAGUCUGCUUUGUGGACUAUGGAAAUGUUGAGGAAGUACCACUGGACAAAAUUCGUCAGAUUUCAUCCUCAUUCCUAAAACUCCCAUUUCAAGGAAUUAAAUGCUGGCUUUCAGGUAUAAAGCCUAUUAACAGCAAAUGGAUCCCAGAAGCUACAGCAAGGUUUCACAUGUAUGCAGCAGGCUCCAAGCUCCAGGCCAGAGUAGUUUCCUUCUCCAGCGACGGGGCGGGUGUAGAGCUCAUCGACAAUUCCACAGGUUGUCCCAAAGUCAUCAACGAGAUGUUAACUUGUGAGCAGUUGGCUGUAAAAGAAGUUUUACGAGAUAAGAAUAAGUGUCCAAAUAAAUUUGUUGACAAAAAAGAAAGCUCCCCUGGGCAAUGGAAGUCAGUAGAAUUGGCUAUUGGUGAAACCCUCUCCGUCUGUGUAACAGAAGUUUUGAGCCCAGACUUGUUCUAUGUUGUACCAAUUCAAACUAGAGAUCAAGAGACACCAUAUCAGCAGUUGGCUGAUCUGGAAGAGUACUGCAGAUCUUGUAACAAGCAGCCCUUUAACCCCAAAGUGGGUGAAGUCUGUUGUGCAAAGUUUUCAGGUGAUGGCCGUUGGUACAGAGCCCUUGUUCUAAAAGUGUCUCAGUCCUUAGUGAGAGUGCUAUAUGCAGACUAUGGGAAUACAGAAACUUUACCACUUUCGAGUGUGUUGCCAAUCACUGAAUCCUACUUGAAGCUGCCUUUUAAGAUAAUUAAGUGCUCACUUGCAGGAAUCAAGAAAGCUGAGUGGCCUCCAUUGCUACUAGAUAUGUUAAAAGAAAUGUUAUUGAAUAAACACGUCACAAUUACAGUGAAAGGGAUUAGUGGAAAUGUUAAUCUUGUUGUAGUGGAGAAACUCUCUGAAAAUGGUAGUCUGAAUGUAGCUGAGAAACUAGUAACAGAGGGCUUGGUCAAAUACAGCAGUACUGAGAACCUGCCUGCUCUACAUCAAGGCUGUGGGAGUGAGACCAAGUGCUGCUGUGCAGAUUUGAGUGUGCAACUUAAGAAACAUGAACAGAUUCUCCUCUUUCUUUUAAACAAAUAUGGGAAUUGUGAUGGAUUCAGUGAAAUGAAAAAACUGUUGGAUUAAGUCUCUGAUGAGUUCAUUUUUUGGAAGAGCAAUUGUAUUCAUCAGCUUUAAAAGGAGAGAGUUGCUUUGGAGGAAUUUUGCUGUUUAAAUACUCACCUCUAUGGACUAUUACUGUAAAAGAGUACUUAACUUUGAAAGGUUUCAAAACUGCAAGUUAUAUUUCCUCUUUAGUUUUUGUUUGAUGCUAUAAUACGUUUAUAAACUACUCGGUUUAUUUAGCUGUUGAAUGUACAUAACCUACAAUGUAGUGAUGUUCCAUAAAGGAAUCAUCUUGCUAGUAUUUGAAUUUCAAACAAUUAUAAUCAUACAGCUGGCUUCAGCUUUGAUGCCUUUCACUUCACUUGAAAAAUGAUGCUAUCCUCUGGUUAUAUUUCAACUUAAUUUCUUGUCUGAGGUUAGUAGACUCAAAAUCAUUCUUCAUAAGCUUGGUUUCAGUAUUGUAAAAGGUUGAAUCUUAACUUGGACUAUGUAUAGACAGUUCUUUCUCUCCCUGUAAUCAGUAAACACUUAAAUGCACAUAAUUCUUUAUUUACAAUUAUGUUGUUUAAUUUGCACUUCUGAAUAUUGCUUUGAAAUGAGUUCUGAUAGAUGUCUUGAUUUUUGGCUAUGUUACAAGAAGAAAUAUGUUUAAGACUGAUACUCAGCAAAUUUUUGUUUACAUGGUAUAAUAAAAAAGCUCAGUCUGGGGUAUGACAAAAGUCCUGGCUGUCUAUUAAUAAACUUUCUUGGAUGAGUAGUCAUAAUUUCUGCCUCUUAGUCCACUGGCAAUAAUACAAGUGCAUUCCAAAUCACCGUUAGUACACUG